AUGACACGGAUACCAUCGCCAACAGCGGAACAAAUUUCCUCCACAGCAGGACCCAGUCCUGCUAAGAAUGAAUCCCUACCGCCAAUCGUAUCAUUGCGUCUGGCUAUUGUCGUGGUGGGGAUUGGCUUUGCCAUCUUCCUGGGUGCCUUGGAUGUGAACAUCACCGAUGAAUUUCACUCCUCGUCUCUGACAUACCACUGCUCGGUGGGCCAGCGUGUAAUCCCACCACUAACUUCUCAUUCGGUCGAUAGUCUUUUAACACUGUCCAGUCUGCAACUGGCCUGGGGCCGUCUAUACAAGUCUUUCCCCGCCAAAGGGACCUUCCUCGACGCUCUGGUGGUCUUCGAGGUCGGAUUCCUCGGGUGCGGCGCAUGCCCCAUCUCAGUAGACCUAAUCGUCGGUCGCGCGAUUGCAGGUAUGGGAGUCUCUGGAGGCUUCUCUGGGGCGAUGAUUAUUGCCUCCUAUACCAUUCCGCUGCACCUCUGUCCGUUGAUGAAUAGUGCCCUUGCGGUACUCAUGGGAUCGACUCGCGCCCUGGGACCCGUAAGUGGAGUGGCCCUCAUCAUGAAGGCUAGCUGGCGAUGGUGUUUCUACAUCAAUCUCCCGUUGGGGGCCCUGUGUGGCCUUCUCAUCGACCUGGGGGCCGCCAUCCCACAGAGCUCUGGCACGUCGUCCAAAUCAUGGACCACAAAGCUCCGCUGGUUUGACUGGAUCCGCAUGCUCCUCUGGAUCCCCUUCACCGUCUGCUGGUCCUCAUUUUACAGUUCGGGGGCGUCCAGUUCACCUGGCACAACGCGCGCCUCAUCUACGAUCUGGGGCACGAUCUUUGAGUUCCUGAUUGGAGGGUCGAGCCAGCUGCGACAACACUUUCUCCCCAUCUACUUCCACGCCGUGCAAAGGAAAUCCGCUCUCACCUCGGGCACCUCCACUCUCCCACUGCUCGUUGCCUACACCACAUCGCUGAUCUUGACCGGCAUCGCCACCUUGGCGGUGGAUCAAUACGCUUCGAUCAUGCACGUGGGCAGCGCCAUCGCCUCGGUUGACAUGGGGCUCCGGACCUCAGCAGUCAGCACGCUGACCGCGCACACGCACCCCGAGCCGGUGGAUCGGGUACCAGAUCCUCAGCGGGGCAGUGGGAAGCAGCAUCGACAGCAAGCGGAUGGGAUGGCGGCCUUGCUGAAGACGCUAACGGGUUUGGGCCUAGUGUACGCCUUGGAGAUCAAAUGCCCUUCAGCUCGUCGGGGCCGAUAUCUUCCGAUGCGCAACAGCGAGGUGAAGAAGGAUUGA